AUGUGGACUACAACAGUCACUGUGCCUAAAGGUGUUGUUACCCAGUACCGCUAUUUCAAAGGCUUCUUUCUACAGUCCAAGAGUGCGGGUGGUCCCUGUCAAGUGAUAGUCAAUAUGUGGGAGACCCAUCAUCGCCCCCGCACGAUGAGCCCCACAGGUAUAGACCAACAGAAAACUGUUCAAGGUUUGGUUGGGAUUGCUCCAGUGUCCAUCACUAAGAAGAAAUUCAAGAAGUCUCGCUUCAGGAUCAAGUUGACAUUAGAGGGCUUUGAGGAAGAGGAAGACGAUGAGGAAGAAAACGAGCUCAGUCCUUCAUCUUGGCACAAGAUGACCACCACUCUGGAAAUCAGUAUGAUUAGUGCCAAUGGCUAUAAGUCACGCCACUCGCAGCCUGAGUGUGGCUAUGCUCUGGAGCUUUCCCAGUGGACUGAGUACAGUAUUCACACCAUGGACCCAGAUAACCUUGAGCUCACAUUUGAGUUCUUUGAGGAGGAUCUGAGUGAGCAUGUAGUCCAGGGGGACAUCCAUCCAGGACAUGUGGGCACUGCCUGCCUCCUCUCUUCUUCAUUUUUGGAGAGUGGCAAUGAUAUUGGAGUAGUCACUCUUCCCAUAAUGGGACGAAAUUUCAGGCAGACCAUUGGAAAAGUAAGAGUGGAUUACCUGGUAAUCCGACCCAUCCAGGGACUGCAGUGUGACAUGAGCUCUUCAUACACCAAGUACUGGAAAAAGAGAGGUACUUUGGAUGUGGGUCACAGGGGAGCAGGCAGCACCCAUGCAGCCAAGCACCACAGAAUCAGAGAAAACACAAUAGCCUCGUUUAAAAGUGCUGCUAAGCAUGGCGUAGCCUUUGUGGAGUUCGAUGUUCACCUCUCCAAGGAUGCUGUUCCUAUUGUAUACCAUGACCUGACUUGCUGCAUAUCCACUAAGAAGAAAAAUGACAAGAACCUGGAACUCAUUGAGGUGCCAGUCAAAGACCUGACAUAUGACCAGCUGCAGCUUUUGAAGGUUUUCGUUUGCUCAGAUUUGCUGGAUGAUGAAGAUGAAAUUGAUGAGCAUCAGCCAUUCCCCUCGCUCUCACAGAUCUUCCAAGCUGUUCCUGAAAACGUCGGCUUCAAUAUUGAGCUCAAGUGGAUCUUCCAGAUGAAGGACGGGUCAUGGGACGGAAACUUAUCAUCUUACUUCAACAUGAACACCUUUUUGGACAUCAUCCUGACAGACGUUCUGCAGAAAGGUGGAAAAAGACGCAUCGUGUUCUCCUGUUUUGACCCUGACAUCUGCACCAUGGUGCGUCAUAAGCAGAACAAGUACCCCAUCCUCUUCCUCACUCAGGGAAUUUCAGACAAGUAUCCUGAGAUGAUGGACAUCCGGUGCCAGUCCACUAAAAUUGCCAUGAGCUUCGCCCAGAGUGAAAAUAUUCUGGGAAUCAGCGCCCACACAGAAGAGCUGUUAAAGUACCUUAGCUACAUUGGGGAUGCCCAGUCUAAAGGCUUAGUGGUAUUCAGCUGGGGGGAUGACAACAAUGAUCACGAAACCAGAAGGAAGCUGAGAGAGCAGGGAAUCGACGGGCUCAUCUAUGACAGUAUUGGUGAGGACUCAAUAGAACAGCCAAACAUCUUCCAGAUAGAGGAACAACACUCCCUGCAGGAGGUUAUUACAGAGACCCUAAAGAGCUCAUCUUGUUCCUGCUACUCCAUUCCCUGCUCCCUGGCACCAUGCAUUGCCUCAGAGGACCGUGGUGGAAACAUCGAGUCAGACUCAGGUCUCAGCUCCUCAUAAAUAUCCCUAAAACUCUACCUUUCUCUGUACUGUUGCUACACAGACAAACUCAAGAG